CUGAAAAUGGAUGUGGAUACGACAAGGCAGCUGCAGACAGAGCCGGAGGCUGUGGCGAUAUCCAAAUCAUUGUCAAUAUUAAAGAGCGACACAAUAAAUGACAACACAUUUCAUAGAAGUCAAUCAAAGAGAGCGGCGACAUUGGCAAAGUUGCAGCCAUUAAUUUCAGCGACAACGCAAAUUACAAAACCAAAUGACGAGCUAACAACAACAACAACGUCAAUGACAGCAAUGAGCACAAAUAGUAGACUGUUGAAUGCAGUUGCAGUUGCAGCUCCUUGGGCAAGCGUCAGCAGCAUUAAUAACAUUAGCAACAAUAGCGAUCAACAACGUUGGACAACUGUGUCCACAAUGCCACCAUCCGUGUUGGGAGUGACGGCGGCACUGCAAGCAAAUCUUAUUAUGAGCAAUAGAAACGUGGAGGAGCAAAAAUUGGACGAACACGAGUACAAAAUUACACAGAAUAGCAACGCAUUGUUCGUCCCCAGCAGCAACAUUUACAGUAACAGCAACAAUUCGACAGCAACAACAUUCGGCUUGGCUGGUGCAAGUCAAGCAGAAGAGUCAACAACAACUACAACAACAGCCACAACGACAACGACAACAACAACAACAACUCGUCGACCAGCGCCAAGGACAACACUGAAGCCACCGCCAACAAUAGAUGAUUACCAAACAAUAAUUAGCCAAGCGGGAACCCACGCCUAUCUGCCCUGUAAUGUGAAACAAUUGGUAAAGAAGCCCAUUUCAUGGCUACGGAUGAGAGAUGGUCACAUUCUCACCGUGGAUCAGACCACUUUUAUAGCGGAUCAGCGUUUCCAGUCUGUCUUCUCGCCCAAUCCCGAACGCUGGUCACUGCAGAUCAAAUAUGUGCAGCUAAAGGACGAAGGAACCUACGAAUGCCAGGUGUCCACGGAGCCCAAGGCCAGCGCAAUCGUACAUCUUCGUAUAGUGGAACCUAAAACCGAAUUAAUCGGUGAGUCGACGCGGCACGUGAAGGCCGGAAGUCAAGUGAAACUGCGCUGCAUAAUUAGCCAGGCACUGGAGCCGCCACUUUUCAUUAAUUGGUUUUACAAUCAGAAGCAAAUCUAUUUGCAUAAUCGUCGUGGCUGGCGUACGGAAAUUGAGCGCAUCGAUCUGCCAACGGAAGUGCCAACAACGUCAACAGCACCGACAACUUCAACAUCAACGUCAACGUCCGCGACAAUGGCAGCGAUAUCAACAGCAACAGCAAAAACGUCUGCGCCGACAGCGACAGCGACUGCGACGGCAGCAGAGACGAUAAAUGAUAUAGCGGCCAUAACACGUUCAUAUAUUCUUGAUGCCAUUGCUGUGGGUUAUGGCACAUCCAUGGCCGGAUAUGGCUACGUGUUGCCAACGACAGCCACGCCUAUGCACACAACAGCCACAAUGUCAACGGCAACAGCAACAGCAACAGCUGCUGCUGCUGCUGCUGAUGCAGGUGCAGUUGAAAUUGCAGCAGGCGUUGCUACAGCGGCAGCAGCAGUUGCUGCUGACACGCCGGCAAUAUUGACGUGGCCAGCAACAGCAACAACUGCUGCUACAACAUCAGAAGCAGCAACUACAAGGACAACAGCAGCAACAGCAACGACAACAACAACCACGACAUCAGAGCCAAGCACAACGACAACAACAAUGCUGCCAAGCAGCAGUUUCAUUAAACAGAUAACGACGGCUUCGCUCAUCAUACCCGCCGUAGUUAAGCUGGAUUCCGGCAACUAUACGUGCAGCCCCUCGAACAGUGCCCCCCGCACCAUCGUGUUGCACGUGCUAAACGGUGAAUACUCUGCGUCGGCCAUUAAAUCAGCCAGUGUCAGCUGGAAUACGCUAAUUGGAUGUCCUGGCUAUUUACGUUGGCCAAAUGUUUCCACGAUUUUGACACUUUUGUGGAUUAUUAAAUUUGUGCUCGGUAGGAAUGUGACAGCUUGCUGCAAUCGUGGUCGAAACAAAGUCAACAAUCGACCAGCACUGCAGGAGCCAGCGACAACAACGGCAAUAACAAAAGCAACAACAGGGAUAACCUGCAGGACAACAGCAAGCAAAAGCGUCAGCGUCAGCGUCAACCGCAGGCUCAGCACGCAAUCCGAGAGCCAGACGACAACCCGCAGGCAACGGAGCUUCGGACUUGACUGCGGUUGCGGCUGCUGCUGCUGCUGUGGCGGUGACUGUGGCCACGUCAGCAGCUCAAUUAGUGGCACCAAAGUGGCCGAAGACAAAACUUGA